AUGAAUGAUGCUCUCCGACCCUUCAUCGAUGAUUUUGUCAUUGUCUACCUCAAUGACAUCCUCAUUUUCAGCCGCUCUUGGGAAGAACACCUUAGACAUGUGCGACAAGUCUUCCAAACAUUGGAAGAAAACCAACUGCAGCUAAACCAAAAGAAAUGCGAAUUUGGGCAAUCAUCCUUGAUAUAUCUCGGGUUCAUUGUGGGCAAUGGCGAAUUAUGGGUGGAUCCCGCAAAGGCCAAUCCGCCAUUUAUUUGGAACAAAGAACAUGAAGACACGUUCUUCCUCCUCAAGAGGAAGAUCAACAAGGUACCGGUUCAGUCGAUUCUCCAUGAAGAAUAUAGCAACUGGUAUGACAAUGACCCAGAUUUUCAAUCUCAUUUAGCAGAUGUGAGGAAUGGCAGGCCUACCGAAUUUGCUCUUCGCAACGGGCUACUAUAUAAAGGGACACUUCUCUGCAUUCCACGAGCAGCAGAAAGGGUGCGGUACAUUCGCGAAGCUCACACCUCGAAGAUUGCGGGACAUUUUGGAUACUUCAAAACCAGCAAAUCGAAAGAUUGGGCUUUACACUCCGUUGCCAGUAUCGUCCAGACCUUAGGAGAGCAUUUCAAUAGAUUUCCUAGGUGGAUUGCCGAGUACCCGGAAGGGACAUGUUACUUGUUUGUGGUUGUUGACAGGUUUUCAAAGAUGGUGGAGCUUAUGCCGUGUAAGAAGACGAUUACAGGAGAAGAAGCAGCAUGA